GCCUAAGCAGGCUUACUAUUAGAAAAGAAUCCUAUAUGGAAUUCAGACAGGUGGUCCAUCUCUGCACGUCCUUGAGAAGUCUAGCUUUUUCAGGUGACUUCUGAAGUAUGACUCACAACAUUUCUUCCUGCAGCCCUAUACUGACACCCCAUUUAACCAGGCUCUACUUCCUAGUGCUCAUUGGAGGGCUGGCAGGCAUCAUCUCCAUUCUGUUCCUGCUGGUGAACAUGAACACCCGAUCUGUAACUACCACAGCGGUUGUUAACCUGGUGGUGGUCCACAGUGUUUUUCUGCUGACAGUGCCUUUUCGCUUGACAUAUCUCAUCAAGCACACCUGGAUGUUUGGGUUGCGCUUCUGCAAAUUUGUGAGUGCCAUGCUACACAUCCACAUGUACCUCACAUUCCUGUUCUACGUGGUGAUCCUGGUCAUUCGGUACCUCAUCUUCUUCAAGCGCAAGGACAAAGUGGAGUUUUACAGAAAGCUGCAUGCUGUGGCUGCCAGUGCUGGCAUGUGGCUGCUGGUGAUUGUCAUUGUGGUACCCGUGGUUGCUGCUCAGUAUGGAACGCACCAGGCGUAUGACGAGCAGCACUGUUUUAAAUUCCACAAGGAGCUUGAUCGUGUAUACGUGCGAGCUGUCAACUAUAUGAUAGUUACCAUUGUCAUAGCCACAGCGAUGGUUCUCUUGGUCUUCCAGAUCUUCAUCAUUAUGUCAAUGGUGCGGAAGCUACGCCACUCCUUACUAUCCCACCAGGAGUUCUGGGCCCAGCUGAAAAACCUAUUUUUUAUCGGAGUCAUCCUGAUUUGCUUCCUUCCGUACCAUUUCUUUAGGAUCUAUUACUUGUACACGGUGGCACACUCACAUGACUGUAAUGACACUGUUGCCUUUUAUAACGAAAUCUUCUUGAGUGUAACAGCAGUUAGCUGCUUUGAUUUGUUGCUCUUUGUUCUCGGAGGAAGCCACUGUAAGCAAAAGAUAACUGACCUAUGGAAUUGCCUCUUGUGCCGUUAGCCACAAACUACAGUAUUCAAAAUUCCUUUAUACUGGGAGUAAAAAUGGGCAUAGAGAGGUAGGAGGGGUUAUUUCAUUACUUGAUUAAAACCAUGCCUUAAUGCGCCCAAAUAAAAGGACUAUAAAAUGUCAGAGCAUUCACUCCGGUCCUUAUUUAAUCCCUACCACCUCUAAA